UUUCCCUCUUCAACCACCAGCUUUUCUUGGGUUGCGAGUCAGUGACAUAAAGCACAACGCAAGUCAGACUCGCAACAAACAUGGAUUAUUCUGAACAUGACUAUGCUAACUCCACUUUUAAUGGGUCAUAUGAAGAUGAAUAUUAUGACUACCCCUUAAAUAUAACCACAGUGCCAGAGUUGACAGUGGCACAUAACGGUGUGAAGAUUAUCUCUCUCAUCAUCUACAGCCUCACCUUUCUCCUCGGUGUCCCUGGUAAUGCCUUUGUUAUUUGGAUUGCGGGCCUGAAAAUGAAGAGGACUGUGAAUGUUGUGUGGUUUAUCAACCUGGCCAUCGCAGACUUCCUCUGUUGCCUCAGCAUUCCCUUCUCCAUCACCGACACUCUUCUGGAAACCAGCUGGCCGUACGGGAGCGUCAUGUGCAAGGUCAUCCCUCCAUUUGUCGUUCUCAACAUGUUCGCCAGUGUCUUCACCCUGGCUUUUAUCAGCCUGGACCGCCUGGCGCUGGUGGUCCGUCCCGUCUGGGCCCAGAACCACCGCAGCCUGGUGCUGGCGUGGGCCCUCUGUGGACUGGCCUGGGUUCUGGCUCUCCUGCUCAGCUUACCUUCCAUGAUUCUCAGAACCACGGUGACUAAUCCACACCAAAACCAAACCCUCUGCACUUAUGUCACCCAAGAGGGUGACAGUCUCUCUAAGUCACUCCUAGCCCACAUGCAGAUGAUUCGUUUUCUGUUUGGAUUCCUUGUCCCUCUCCUCCUCAUCAUCACUUCCUACAUCCUCAUCACCCUCAAGGUGCGCUCCAGUAGCUUCCGUGCCAAAAGAGCCUUCAAGAUCAUCGUCGCUGUAGUCGUGGCCUUCUUUGUCUGCUGGCUUCCCUAUCACGCCUUUGGACUUGCCAGGGAGUAUGGCCGGGAUGAGGGCCUGGUCCUCCUUCUUGACCAGCUGAGCAUAGCCCUUGCUUUUGUGAACAGCUGCCUCAACCCGCUCCUGUACGUAUUUAUGGGUCAGGACUUUAAGGAGAAGGUGCGCCUGUCGCUGAAGCGGAUCCUGGAGAAUGCGUUCAGCGAGGACAACACCACACACUCCUAUGUGCGCUCCAAGGCCUCGCAAUCACGCAUGACCUCCUCCACAGUUUAGCUGGCUUUCAAAAAUGGACUCACAUUAGAAAUUUGCAUUGUACUCUUUCUUUAAGUAGUAUUUUAGAGUUUAGAAUAGAACACAUUUGAAUGUAGCAAGUUAACAUGGAGGGGGGAAAAUUGCUGGGGUGUGGGUUGGAGGGGUGGGGGGGGGCAGGCAGUUUAGAGCUUAUCUUGUACUAAUUACAUGUGGUGGACAGGAAGGAAACUCAUAACUGUCGUGAAAUAUGUGACCUCGUUAUUAUACACCAUGUACCAACUCAUGAGUAAAACGGAGAGACGUCUAGAUUAAGUAUGAUAGGCCUCGUUUUACUCAUUUACUAUGUUAUGGUAUUUCAUACCUGUUUAGUUUCAUAAUUUUGUUUGAUUAUUUUAACUGACCAAGGAGGAGAAAUUAUUGUGAUUAACUGUUAACUUAAUGCUAGUGUUUUGAAUGUUAAAGUAUGGGGAUGUAUGUUAAAUGUAUGUAAAUGUAUAUGAAUGUUAAAGUAUGUGGAUGUACUAUCAUUAUGGUGUAUAUUUUGUAUGUAUUACGUGCAAUGCGUCGUUAUUAUAUUAUAUAAGUAUUUCAGAAACACUAUAUCACUAUUGUCAUGUUUCUAAAGCUUAAUUUGUGUGGCCACUUGAUGGCGCCAGAGUAAAAAGAAGUUGCUUGUAUGAAUAAACACUCACACAUACAUGGACAAAUUAAUUCCCAAUUUAGAAUAAAGCUUCCUGAUUACCAUCAUCAAUGAAAUUAAAUAUGGAUGCGAUGCCAAAAGUAAUACGCAGAACUGAGAUAAUAAUUUCACAGAAUAAAAUGUCUGUACAGGGCUAUGGCUGUUUACCUGCUACGUCUGCUGCUGAGAGGUUGGAUGAGAAAGGGAUCACUGUAUACUAUAUCCUACAUUGGAGAGGUUAAUUAUGAGGAAGUUCAGGAAAGGGAAACUGAAUUGCUUUUUUUUUGCCACCCACUGCAACACUGUGUUCCUCUUUUGUGAUAUUUCCAUUCUAAAGCUGCUGAGUCUUUCUGUUUUCUGCUCUUCUGAUAAAACUCUUUUUGGUAUGUCACUGUAAACACAUGCAAGAAAAUGUUCUCAGAAGUUCCAGCCAUGGUAGAUAAAGUGGUUUUGUAUAAAGUAAA